UGAGGUUCCACUGUGCACCCGCAGGCGCCUGUGUACGAAUAAAACAGCCUCCUGCUUCUUGCAGCCAGUGUCUCCUGUGGUUCAUUCCGGGUUUGAGAUCUGUGGUUCUUUCAUUUUGGAGGUUUCACCGAGAUACAAGAUCCUGGUUCCAACCCAGAUCCCUAACCGGAGGACACCCGACAUCACUGGGAGGUAAGCCGGCCAGCUCGAGCUCUCUGAUUUGUUGGUCUAAUGUUCAGUGUCUUGCGCAGCGUCUGUAAGACUAUGCAUAGUCAUCCAGUAUUUUGAGGCAGCUUGAGAAGGAGUUGACGAACUCAGACUUCUCCCCUGCCACCCUGGGAGACGUCCCAGGGAUCAGAGGGGUCCAUUUCUUCGGGGCCCCCAGUGUUUCCGAGGGAUACACUGUCUUUGUAGGCAAUGGAGAAACACGUACUUCUCCCAGGCCGUCUGAUACUUUCGGUUUCCACCGAAGCCGCGCAGCGCUCUUCCUGUUCGGUCUUAUCUUUGUGUCUGUGUGUUUGUCUCUUUACUUUCUCUCCAAAACUAACAUGGGGCACUCACUGACCACCCCUUUGAGCCUCACUCUAGAUCAUUGGCAAGAUAUUCAAGAUCGGGCAAACAACCUGUCCGUGACAAUCAAGAAAAAGAAAUGGAAAACACUCUGCACCUCAGAAUGGCCAACAUUCAACACUGGCUGGCCAGCAGAAGGGACCUUUAACAUUAAUCUUAUCUUACAGGUGAAAUCCCAAAUCUUUACCCACGGUCCUCAUGGACACCCCGACCAGAUACCCUAUAUUGUCACCUGGGAAGAUCUGACCUCCAAUCCACCCCCUUGGGUGGUUCCUUUCUCUCCACCCAAGCCCCUUGAACCUUCUGCUCCCCUCAUCCCAGUUCCCCCUCUCCCUUCUCAAACCUCUCAACUUUACCCCGUUCUUAACAAAUCUGAGACCUUAAUUAAAUCAGGGGCAACACCAAAGAAGGUUCUGCCGCCAGAAGACUCAACUCUGAUUGACCUGCUGACUGACGAGCCUCCUCCUUACCAGCCCCAACCCUUACAAGCCCCUGAACCCGAUCAACAAUCCUCAGAGGAGGAAAACAACCAGGAGGGCCCAACCGCCAGUGCUCCCCCAGAUCCAUCUCCCAUGGUGGGACGACUCCGGGGACGUCGAGACCACACCGCCUCGGGGGACACCUCUAAAGUCCUCCCCCUGCGACAAACAGGGGGCCCCAACGGCCAAUAUCAGUACUGGCCUUUCUCUGCCUCUGACCUCUAUAACUGGAAAACCCAUAACCCUUCCUUUACUAAGGAUCCUAUAGCACUAACCUCUUUGAUUGAAUCUAUUCUAGUAACUCACCAGCCAACAUGGGAUGAUUGCCAGCAGCUCUUACAGAUACUCCUCACUUCAGAGGAGAAACAAAAGGUUCUCUUGGAAGCUCGCAAAAAUGUGCCAGGGGACGACGGGCGCCCCACCCAACUCCCAAAUUUGAUUAACGAAGCUUUUCCUUUAACCCGGCCAAACUGGGACUAUGCGACUGAAGCAGGUAGGAACCACCUAUGUCUCUAUCGCCAGUUACUCAUAGCGGGUCUCCAUGGAGCAGGGCGACGGCCCACCAAUUUGGCUCAGGUAAGACAGACUAUCCAGGGGUCAGAGGAAACUCCGACAGCCUUCUUAGAGAGAUUAAAAGAGGCUUAUCGGAGGUUUACUCCCUUUGAUCCCGAUAGUGAGGACCAGAAAGGAAACAUUUCUAUGGCUUUUAUUUGGCAGUCCGCCCCAGAUAUCAGGACUAAAUUGCAAAGAUUAGAUAACCUACAGGAUUUUUCUCUAGCAGAUUUACUGAAGGAAGCUGAAAAGAUAUUUAACAAAAGAGAAACUCCAGAAGAAUGAGAAGAUAGGAUUAGAAAGAUGCAAGAAGAACGAGACCUUAAACUUAGGGAAGAAUCAGAUAAGAGAGAGAGA